AUGGCAGAAUUCUUUUGGAAACCCAAUACUCCAGCUUGGCUCAACUAUUGUCUUACGGUGACAGGUCUGACAGGCCUCACCGGCGUCAUUUUACUGUACAUUUAUCAAUGCAAACUCAUUUACCCUGCUUCCAUUCCUGAAGGAUCGCGGCAACAUGUUGAUGCCCCUUCAAAGUACGGUAUGGAAUAUACAGAAGUUACAUUAACAACAAGAGAUAAUAUCAAAUUGAAGAGUUACAUUAUUCUUCAACCGGAUAAAGAAGUGGCCAAGAGAUCUCCUACUAUACUCUAUUUUCAUGCUAACGCUGGUAACAUGGGUCAUAGGUUACCUAUUGCAAAGAUACUAUAUGAAAGGUUUAAAUGUAAUAUUGUCAUGUUAUCCUACAGAGGAUAUGGCCAAAGUGAAGGCACUCCCAAUGAAAAGGGUUUGAAAAUAGACGCACAGACCAUGUUGGAUUAUGUCCGAGAACAUCCUAUCCUAAAGGAUACUCCCCUGGUUGCCUAUGGUCAAUCUAUCGGCGGCGCAGUCGCUAUUGAUCUUGUCUCCCGUAAUGAAAAUUCAUUUUCUGGUUUGAUGAUUGAAAAUACCUUUUUAAGCUUGCACAAAGUGAUACCCAAUGUGAUGCCCUUUUUAAAACACUUCACUUUCCUCUGUCAUCAACACUGGCCCAGUGAAAAAUAUAUUCGACAGAUUGUAAAGACACCCAUCUUGUUCUUGGCAGGCUCAAAAGACGAAUUAGUGCCACCUUCUCAUAUGAUUGAAUUACGAGAAUUAAGUGAAUCACCCAACAAGACCUGGGUUGCCUUUUCUCAAGGCACACAUAAUGACACAUUUAUGCAGCCUGGCUAUUUUACUGCCAUUCGUGACUUCUUGGAAAAGUCUGUACUACAUAUUGAUCAUGAAGAAGUACAACAAGAAAAGAAAGAAAAGGACAAGGUUGUGUUGGAUGAGAGCUAUAUUGAUGGCAAAUUACCUGAAGAUAAUGAUCGAUCCUAUCAAUUAGUCAGUGGUGUAACCGAUGAAAAAGGUAUGGCUCAUAGUUUUCAAUUGGAAGAAGUGGAGCUUGAAGAAGAAUAA